AUUGGCCGAAUUGGACAGCGACUAUUUUAGGUCUGCUGCGCUAGAGCAGAAGGUGGAGACCGUUUCAAACUCCCCUGCCUCCAUCUCUGAGAGCUAGAGGGAAUCAGGAUCAGUGGGUCCACCCCACAGCCGUUCAUUGCCUAACCAUGGCGGGUCAUGCAAACGCCGGUAUGAGCCCAUGGUCCUCCUCUGGAUCUAGUAACGACGCCCCCUCCCCACUCCCAGCCCUUACCGUGGAGAAGCCGCGGAAGAUGAGAGCAUUUUGCCUGCCUCGGAUGAAGUCCAAGAACCGCAACGACAGUGGCAAGCAGCAGCAGCUACCCCAGCAACCCGUGGCAAACAACAACAACAAUAUGCCUUUCAUAAUCCACUGCCAGAUCGGGAAGGAGAUCAAGCACAUAUGCAGCAACUGCCGUGGCGCUGACCCUCAGGACGUUGAGGAGGUGGAGCGAAUAGCGGCGAUGCGAUCUGAUUCGCUGGUCCCUGGCACACACACCCCUCCCAUUCGGAGGCGGAGCAAGUUUGCCACCCUGGGGCGUCUCUUCAAGCCGUGGAAAUGGAGGAAGAAGAAGAGCGAGAAGUUCAAGCAGACAUCUUCUGAUGGGGCGGUAGUAAUGAGAGGAGAGGAGGAGAAGAUGGAGAACGGGAGGUCUCCAGCAUUAGGAGGGUCUGAUCCAUCACCAUGUGAUGGAGCUGAGCUCAUGGAUGGAGCAGGGUCAGCCAUAGGUACAGUUGAGUUCCAGAUGUCUGGAGAGGGGGCGUGUCCACAAGACCACACCCAGAAUCCCAGCCAGCCUCCAUCCACUAAGAAGGUUAUGGUGUAUCCAGGCGAAGGGGCUGGGGCAGAGUCAUCACAUCACACCAUAAAACAUAAAAAACAACCCCCAGUGCUACCCCCCAAACCGUUCAACAGGCUGCCCAACCACAUCACAGACGGUAUGCCAGUGAAGCUGCCCUGUAUGUCCAUGAAGCUGUCGCCUCCUCUACCUCCUAAGAAGCUGAUGAUUUGUGUGCCUGUGGGUGCGGGGGGGAGCAUGGAGCCCUCGGCCCUCACCUUUCAGAAGUGCCCCCCUCCCUCCCACCACGUGGGGUCCCUGGGGGGCCACUCCCUACACUACGGGACCCUCCCUGUGCCCCUACACCCCCCCAGCCGCAUCAUCGAGGAACUCAACAAGACCCUGGCCCUCACUAUGCAGCGAUACAAGAGCUCGCUGCACCACGCGGUUCCCACGGUGAUGAUAGCAUGUGACUACAACAAAGAGAACCUCCCCAACGAGGAAGACUAUCAAGAACUACCUGGUUCGUACAGGGACGAGGAUGAUGAUGAUGAAGAAGAAGAUGAUGAUGAUGAUGAGGAAGAAGAGGAGGAGGAAGAUGACGAAGAUGAAACACUCUUUACAAGUACCCUGGCUCUGAAGGUGUUGAGGAAGGACUCCCUGGCAAUUAAGAUCAGUAACCGUCCGUCACAGAGAGAGCUGGAGGAGAAGAACAUACUGCCCACACAGUCAGACCAGGAGAAACUGGAGUUCAGGCAGCAGAUAGGCACCAAGCUCACACGGAGGUUGAGUCAACGGCCAACUACAGAAGAGCUGGAACAGAGAAACAUACUCAAACGCCACAAUGAGCUGGAGGAGCAGGAGGAGAUGAGAGAGCUCAAGAAACGCCUAUCGAGAAAGUUGAGUCAGAGGCCCACAGUGGAGGAGUUGAGGGAAGCUAAGAUCCUGACCCGCUUCAGUGACUACGUAGAGGUGGCUGACGCUCAGGACUACGACAGGAGGGCAGACAAACCCUGGACACGACUCACAGCUGCUGAUAAGGCUGCCAUACGUAAAGAACUCAAUGAAUUUAAAAACACAGAAAUGGAAGUACAUGAGGGUAGUCGCCAUCUCACCAGGUUUCAUCGACCGUAGUUCUUCUUCUGCCAUAUUUUACAAGAACCUCAAGUGCUGGAUCGCAAACUACUGCCUCUGUGUACCACACCCCUUCGCUUCCAGAACACAACAAGACUAGAACUGGACCAGAACCACACUAGAACCGGAGUAGAACAUGUAGUGAAACUGACCGAAAACGUAAUCUGAACCUGGAGGGGUGUGUGUACAGAACCGGGCAGCUGACACUACUCCAGGCUCCAGUGUUGACCCAAAAUAUGUGCCAAUAACAGGAUAGGGCAGACUGGAUCAAUCACAACAGUAUCUUGGUCCUGUGGUUAUAGAGUGGUCACAGUGUGGUCAUGUUGGGGUUGCGGAGAGGGAGCAUCGUACACAUGGAGAGAGAUUGAUGGAAAGCACUGGAUGGACUGACUGACUGGGUUCUCCUCUAAACGGAGAUUAUAUGGACUAAAACGUAUUGUUUUUAACAGCCUUUUAUUAUCCUUUUUAAUUAUGAAGAUAGUUAAUGUGUUUACUUUACUGCACUUUAGUUUUUGACGGUACUCUAUGGAGGGGUUAUGGAACUCUAUUCCUAUAUCUGUGCCAACAAGACUUUGGGAUUGUGGGAGAUUGAGUUUGGGAGGGCAUCCGUAAGGAAUACAGAGAGACAUCCUACAACUGAUUGGUUCAAAAAUGAUUAUCCUCCAAGGGUUGUUGUUCCUGCCUUUUUAAUACUUUUUGGUACAUUAUUAGUUUGACUAUUUUCCAUUGUGGGCUGCUGUUUUGAAAACAGAGGGACCAAACCCUUUUAAUCUGAUAGUACUGCAGAAUAGGAUUCUGUAAUAAGUGUGUUGCGGUUAAAGUACUACUUACAAUACCGUAUACGGUAUGUGCUACUCUGAAGGAAACUGUAGUAGGAGAAUAUGAUCAGAAUAUUUACCUCUAAAAAUGUUGAAAUACAACGCAAAACUCUCCUGUCCGUGUUGUGUUCAUGUUGGGAUAUAGAAAUGUGAACCAAGCAAUAAUUGAACUUUUCUUUCCUCCAUCUGUCUCUCUUUCUGGGCUGCAUUCAAGUGAACAAGUACAGGAAACAUUUCAGAGAGCUAGCCGCUCAAUACCAAAUACACUUUGAAAUGCUGUUGUGAUCUUGAAUGCAACCCAGAUCAUCAUUAUUACUGUUGAGAGUUCUGCAACCCUCUGUAUAGUGUCACUGUGCCUGUUGUAUUGUUUACAUGGAUGAAAACAUUGCCAAAUGUACUUUGUUUGAAAGACAUUUGAUCAAGUAUGUUGUCAAUAUAAUGUUUCAGUAGCGUGCUCCAUAGACUGGUAAGUAUCAGUUAUGAAUGGAAUUGUUCAAUUUCUCACUGUUCUCAAAACAGGAAUUCUAUGGUUCCGCCUGGUUUGGCUUCAUAGUGGAGAACCUACAUUAGACCACCCUUUGGCUGUGAAUGAAAGUACAGUACCACCUUUUGCUCACAAAAAGCCAGACACCUCAAAAUACAAGGAAAAACAUUCUUCUUGUUUUUUUACAAUGAACACAUGCAGUUGAUGAGUUGGUCUUGAUUGUUUAGUCUGAGAACCCUUUGACUUGUGGUGUAUCCUGGGUGUGCGUGUGUCUGCGUGCGCGUACAUGUUCAUUAGGCACAAAACAGGAAAAUGUUUUACAACGGAGUGCUUACUUAACACGACCCAGGACUCAGUGUUGUCUCCCUGUGCCUCUCUCCUGUAUCCAAACUAACAAAAGAGGACACUCUUUGUAUAAUAUAUGUACAUAGUACAAAAGAAACUUGGAAUUGAAAUAUGUUUUUCUUUUUUGUACAGAAGGAAACUGCAUGUGAUGAUUGUUAACUAUUUGUUCAUCUUCUAUAGCCCUGUUUAUACCUGGUUCUAACUUGGGUCCUUUGUCCGGAUCUUGUCCAAAUUCUGAUUAUGCCCACGUUUUUAGGCAGGUGUAGAAAAUCAAAAGACACAUUGUGAUCUGAUUGUGAUCAGAUCAUUCUGCCCACUUCCGGAGGUAGUCAGGCAUGCAUUGUGUAGACAGAUCUGGACAGAGAAACCAUUUAAAUCAUUAUUCUGCCGUCUAAAAUCAUUGACAGGUGGCCCCAUUGACUGAUUACAUCAACAUAUCUUACAAUAAAUAAAUAUUAUUUUGAAAGAAUAACUCAAAUAAUUUGCAUAAAGGAAGGGACCUGGAAAUCUGGUCACAACACAGACAUAGUGGACAGAUAACAGACAUUUUAAUAGCCUGUGUAGACACAUUUCUGGAAAUGUGGGCCCAAUCAGAAUGUAGACAAGAUCAGGACAACCAACCUAUGAAAGCACCAGGUAUAAACGGGGCUUGUGAUGUAUGCAGUUUCUUAUCUAAAGGAAAUAUAUAUUAAAAAAAAACCGUUAAAUGUUCAUAACUGCUUUUUUCUUCAAUCUCUAUUCCAUACAUACAGUGGUGUACGAAAUGAUUGACACCCUGGAUAAAGAUGAGCAAAAUUACUGUAUAAAAUAAAUCAUUCAAAUAUUAAGAUAUAUUGUAUACUCCAAAAAUUGGGAUUUUUUUUAUUUUAUACUAAUGCAACUGCUCAGAGAAAGAUUUUGUUUAACAAGUAAUAAUCUUUUUUCAAAAAUAGGUAGGGGUCAAAAUCAUUGACACCCAUGUUUUUAAUACCUUUCAAUACCUCACAUUGCAAAGAUAACAGCACUGAGCCUUUUUCGAAAAUAUUUUAUACACAUGGUGUGCGUUCGUUAAUUCACUCAGGCUUAUCUACUCCGAUUUCAAAACAUUCCUCUGAGUGUGUCCGAGUGCAGAAUAACUGAGGAUUUUACGAACGCGCAUCACCUGUUGAAUAUGACUGGUGUCAGUAAACGUCGGCAAAAGAACGUAAUUAAAUUGUUGCCAGCAGCACCAUUACAGUCAAAAGGAGUCUGUAUUGAAUACAUGCCCACAUCAGGGGAGAUACCUAUUUAGACAAUCCCUAGCUGCUGGCCGUGGGGGUCUGUCGUACUGUGGGUUGUCACUCUGGCGUGGCCUAACACACCUGAAACCAAUAAUCAAUGUUUCACUAAUAUCCUAAAGAUGAGUGGGGUGUGUUGGGUUGGGGCGCUGCAGGGCCGUGGACCCCUAGGGGCAGGACGGGGUGACCGAGCUUUCUUGUGUGCAAAAAAGAGCUCCACAGUACUAUUAGCGCUAUGGAGGAUGUACUGUUUCUGUGUGUUAAUGUGUAGGUAUAUGUGUGUUUUUAUUAAACUUUUCUUUUUCAAACCUU